CGCUCGGCCAUGCUGCGGGGCCGGUGGUUGCGGGGCCGCUGGCUGCUGCCCGGCGCCUCGCUGGCGCUGGGCGCGGGGCUGGGCUCGGCCCUCACCGCUCGCCGCCGGCCCGGGCCCGAGCCCGAGCCCGAGGGGCUGCUGAGCCGCCUGCCCGUGGUGCCCGCCGUGGCGGCCGCCGGUCCGCCGGCGCUGCCGGGCUCGGGGCGGCCGGAGCUGACCAAGUACGGGCUGCCCGGGCUGGCGCAGCUGCGGAGCCGCCAGUCCUACGUGCUGUGCUACGACCCGCGGAGCCGCAGCGCGCUCUGGGUCAUCGAGCAGCUCAACCGGGACAGCCUCAGCGGCGCCUCCGACCGCGCCGCCUGCGACUUCCAGGAGGACGAUUCGGUGCACGAGUACCACCGCGCCACCAACGCCGACUACCGCGGCAGCGGCUUCGACCGCGGGCACCUGGCCGCCGCCGCCAACCACAAGUGGAGCCAGCAGGCGAUGCGGGACACCUUCUACCUCAGCAACAUCGCCCCGCAGAACCCUCAUUUAAACCAGAACGCCUGGAAUAACCUGGAGAAGUACAGCAGAAGCCUGACAAAGCACAACAAGAACGUCUAUGUCUGCACAGGACCCCUCUACCUGCCCAGGGCCGAGGCGGAUGGGAAGAUGUACGUCAAGUACCAGGUGAUUGGGAAGAACCACGUGGCAGUGCCCACACACUUCUUCAAGGUGCUGAUCCUGGAGAAGGAGGCAGGGGACAUCGAGCUGCGCUCCUACGUGAUGCCCAACUGCCCUGUGGACGAGCGGCUGCCCCUGGAGCGCUUCCUGGUGCCCAUCGAGAGCAUCGAGCGAGCCUCGGGGCUGCUCUUCGUGCCCAACAUCCUGAAGAGAGCCAACAGCCUGAGAGCCAUCACAGCCUGAGCCUCCCACGGCUGAGCACAGCCAGGGCCCCCAGGAAGGGGCUCAGCAGCCUGCCCCAGGGGAGCAGCUCGGGAGAUGACAGCAGCCAGACC